AUGACAGAACACGUAGGCCAGGGCGACGAAGAUGACCAUGCUCAUUGGCGGCGAAAGCCAGAUAACACAGGGUUCUUCACUUGUGCCGGAAAUGAUCCAUCAGUAGAUGGUAAUGUUAUAACACCCUUUGUCACUACAAAUCCAGCCAGACAGAUAACCCUUAGAGUUACUUAUACUUUGAAUUGCUGUGGAGCCAAAUUGUCUAUUGGUGUCUAUGUCUUUUUGGGCUCAGGUGAAACAUCUACACCCAGUGCUAAAAGCUUCAAGUACAUUUCUGCUUUAAAGAAUACCUCAUCAAUGACUCCCUUCUCUAGAGCACAGUUUACAUCAGCUAUUACCAUUGGAAUGGAAGGAGAGACUGGACUUUUUAUUGCUUUCAGAGAUCAAGGAAUUUGUGGAAGCCUUGAUUCAUUUCAUCUUAGUUACAUAGAAUGUCCAAGUGCAGCAGGGGAAUUAAUGUCAUUUCCACCUAAAACUCCAGCUCCAAAUAGCACAGUUUCAGUCCUAGAGGUGCUUGGAACAUGUGUUCCCAAUGCUGAUGUUCAAAUUUCGCAAGCAGCCAAUUACAUGUCUUGUUAUACAAAUGGCUCCGCUAAGGUGAAUGGUGGCUGUCAUUGCAUAGCUGGAUAUGAGAAUAAUUUUUUUACUAGCUGUAAUGAAUGCCCUGCAAAGAGUUUCAAAAGUGCUGCUGGUAACUUUAAUUGCAACAGAUGUGGUGCAAAUGUUAAGGACGGAGUGAAGCCAAGGACAACACCUUGUAUAUGCAACAAUGGAUAUUACAGACCACUUUUAUAUCAAAAUGUUCCAACUGUCGACUGUGAAGCGCCACCAUCUGCUCCAAAUAACGUUAAGGCCACACAGAUUGGAUCAAAGUGGAUAUUACUAGAAUGGAUGGUCCCCAUGGACCAAGGGACUGGAGGCAAACCGAGUUACACGAUAAAAGCAAGCUGUGCUAGAUGUAAAAUACCACCUGACUUUACAACAUCUAACCGUUUCUUCAAUGUCACUGGGCUGAGCGCCUACACACGAUAUGACGUCAGAGUCUUUUCCAUCAACAAUGUCACUGCUGCCAUCGGCUUCGACAAGGCUAUGUACAACAGCACUUCAGUUUUGACUGGAUUUGGAUUGCCUUCGGAGGUUCAGAAUCUUGCCAAAAGGACAAACUCUGAUGCAUCAGUGACAAUUUUCUGGAACGAGCCAUUGACCAAGGGUGGUGAUGAUCUGCGAUAUUUUAUCACUGUUAAUGAUGAAAAGGGAAUGUUUACCACCAAAAUGGAAUACACUGUUAAACAAGAUCUAGAAACGAAGAAGUACACUGUGUCUGUAAGUAUGAAGGUUUGA